UCGCCUCCACGCACAGCUGAUGAUGACCAACCUUUCAGCUGUCUAAGCUAAGGAACUUAGCAAGCGGCUAGCUUUGUAGCAGCGUCAUUAAAACGUGCACGAUGUGUUAACUAUGUAUCAGCCUCGUUAUAUCACGGCACGAGUGCGCUACAGAGUUUAGACGGGUUGUGUAUAUGUACCUUUGCACUUCACUUGUGUUUGAGCUCAGCGUUUACUUCGUUUCUACUCACUUGUUUUGUCUGAGCUAACAGCAAGUUAGCAACACAACAGCCCGGUUAGCUUCGUAUUAAUAUUAGCUUAAACAAGUAUUACAGUAAAAAUUAGCAGCGGUUAAAUGUACCACAAGAGGAAGUAUCCUGUGGGAGUUCUGGAUGAGAACUCUGUCUAAAUCCUGCUUUUAUUAAUGAUGCUUGCAGCUUUCCUUUUUGCAUCACCUGACUCGUACUGGUCCAGCAGACUCACCUGAUUUUGCUACUCCCAAAACAAAUCUGUGCUUGGAAACAGUAUGAUAAUUUAUAGUGAUCCCACCCAGCCCACAGGGACAAAAAUCCCCCCAAACCAAGCUCUCCAAAUGAUAUGAUAGUAGCUGCCUGGAUUACUUUCUGUGCCUGCAGGAGCCUUGCACAGGUUCUGCACCUCUUCUCCUCAAACACCCUUCCUCCAUCCUGGGAGACCCUUGCCAGUGUGGUCUGUGGCCCUGGAACAAUGGGAAACAGUUGUGUGUGUCGAGAGGAUAGUGACUUAGAGGACCAUCAUCAUCAUCAUGGGUCAUUGAGAGCAGCUCGAGGACAAGCCAGACGGGUUGAUCACAGCACAGCUGUUCGUGUUGAUACUGGAGAGCCUAGAAGCAGUCGGCCAAGAGACCCAGUCAGACCACCGCGCAGAGGUCGAGGGCCUCAUGAGCCUAGACGGAAGAAGCAGAACGUGGAUGGCCUGGUGCUGGACACUCUGGCUGUCAUCAGGACACUUGUAGACAAUGACCAAGAGCCUCCUUACUCAAUGAUCACCCUGCAUGAAAUGGCUGAGACGGAUGAUGGCUGGCUGGAGGUGGUCCAGUCUCUGAUACGAGUGAUUCCACUGGACGAUCCUCUCGGUCCUGCAGUUAUCACGCUUUUACUGGACGAGUGUCCUCUCCCUACCAAGGAUGCCCUCCAGAAACUUUCUGACAUGUUGAAUUUGAGCGCGGCUGUUGCACGACAGGACGCUCUCAGCCCCGCUAAACACAGAAACACCACAGCUGUCCUGGGAUGCCUUGCAGAGAAACUGGCUGGACCAGCCAGUAUCGGACUGUUAAGUCCUGGAUCCCUUGAGUACCUUCUAGAGAGCUUGAGUGCAGAGUCCCACCCUACUGUCAUGCUGUUUGCUCUCAUCGCCCUGGAGAAGUUCUCCCAGACCAGUGAGAACAAACUGACCGUGUCUGAGUCUUCUAUCAGUAAUCGACUCGCUGUACUGGAGUCAUGGGCCGACCAUCCGGACUACUUGAAGAGGCAGGUGGGAUUUUGUUCCCAGUGGAGCCUCGACAACUUGUUCCUAAAAGAAGGUCGUCAGUUCACUUACGAGAAGGUCAACCUCACCAACAUCAACGCCAUGCUCAACAGUAAUGAUGUCAGCGAGUACCUCAAGAUUUCUCCUACUGGAUUAGAGGCACGAUGUGACGCCUCAUCGUUUGAGAGCGUGCGUUGUACUUUCUGUGUGGAUUUGGGCGUUUGGUACUACGAGGUGACGGUUAUCACAUCAGGAGUGAUGCAGAUCGGAUGGGCCACCAAAGACAGCAAGUUUCUGAACCACGAGGGCUACGGGAUAGGAGAUGAUGAAUACUCGUGUGCAUACGAUGGCUGCAGGCAGCUCAUCUGGUACAACGCUCGUAGUAAACCUCAUUCUCACCCCUGCUGGAAGGAGGGCGAUGCCAUCGGCUUCUUGUUGGACCUGAACAAAAAGCAGAUGAUAUUUUAUCUUAAUGGACAUCAGCUUCCACCAGAGAAACAAGUUUUCUCAUCGGCUACGUCUGGUUUCUUUGCUGCAGCCAGCUUCAUGUCCUAUCAGCAGUGUGAAUUUAACUUUGGGGCCAAGCCUUUUCGUCACCCUCCCUCUGUCAAGUUUAGCACCUUCAACGACUUUGCCUCGCUGCUGCCCAGUGAAAAGAUCAUCCUUCCCAGACACCGGCGUCUGGCCUUACUGAAGCAGGUCAGCAUUCGAGACAACUGCUGCACGCUGUGUUGUGACGUAAUGGCUGACACCGAGCUGCGGCCUUGUGGACACGGUGGGAUGUGUAUGGAGUGUGCCUUACAGUUAGAGACGUGUCCCUUGUGCCGCCAAGACAUCCAGACUCGCGUCAGACUCAUUGCACAUGUCUCCUGACACACUUCCUGCCCUUCCUUCUGUAAGGAAACACUCACAAGGCCUACGAUUUCCUUCUCUUCUGAUUCUCGCUCCACAAAGACGACUGUUGGAAAGGCGCCACUGUUGUGCUUUGAUGGUGACAGAAGGGCACGUUUCAGCCGGAGGAGGCAAGAAGGAAGGAGUUGAGAGAGGAAUUGCAGGAGAUGAGAGGCGAGGGAAUCAAACCGCAGCUGGACUAUCCCAGAAGCUUUUCUUUUAUGGCCUAAAUCUCCCGUCUUGUAUCCUGACAGUUCAACACAGAAGCUGCACCAGGAAACUGUUUACUAACGGAGUGCUUUUCACACAAGAGAUGCAACAGGAGCAGAGACGUGAUAACUUGGUUACAGGAGCGUCUUGUUUGUGUAAAGUCAACUAGAAACAUUCUCUGAGAUCUGCAGAUCUCAUUUGACGCGCUUUCAGUCCAGAGGCUACUCCUAUUUAAUCGCAUCGACAUAAUGCACGCGUCUGCAGUUUUAAAGGCUGGGCAGCAGAAAACGGCACAGCCUGUAGUACAAUAUUCAGCCUAAGGUACAGAUCAGUUUCAGAUGUCUGCUUUUCUUUUCUUUUGUCUGUAGUUUUGUGAAUUACUGUAACUCAAGGUAGCAUUCCCAUUCUCUGGUUUUGCAGAGCUAAUCAGACGGGUUUACUUUAUGGAUUGAUUGACAUCCAAGCUGCUGUUUUUUUUCAUUGGAAAAUCUAAUUUAGCAUAAAUAAAUCAGAUUUAGCUCAGUUGUUUAAAAGUAAUCAGCUGUCUUACAUGGAUGAUGUUGUUGUCGUGAUUCAUGAAAAACAAUCAGUGAAGAAAAAUAACCUUUUUCAACCUGCAGCUAAAAUUCUCUUCUUUGCUCUCAUGCUGAUCUUUCCUCAGCCACCAUCAUUUAUGAAGCAAAAAGAAAAUAAAAUUGACCAAAACUUAACGUCUGACUGCAAAAAGCUGCUCUCUUUUAAACUAUAAAGUCUAUAAAUGAACUGAAUUUAUUUGCUUGCAACAAUCUUGAAGUUAAUGCCAAGGGUCGCAUAACAGUUUGUCCUGAUUUUUGUUCUUGAUGACAGACUCGUGUUCGUGUUUGUGCUUCAGUGUGGGAUAUAAUCGUUCUCUAAAGACUCAAACAUUUCUGAGGCGUAUAUAAAAUUUUGGAGAUGUUUUUCUAUCACAAUCACCUUACCCAGCUCUUCUGUUACUGGGAAUCUGAAAACUGUUGCACACAUGUUGAGUUCUUAAAUGCAAGAGUCCAUGAUCUUUGUUUUUUUGGCCACACGGCCCAAAAUCUGUUUUCUCUGAAAUGUUUCUGAGUGACUCUUGCUCUUUUCUGAUUUGUCCUGCUCCUCGUGUCUCCAGCCUCGUCUUGUUCAUUUUUGUGAAAUCUUUACUUGAAACAUCUCUUGAUUUACAAAAUAGUUUGAAACGGGUGACAAAAUUAAUGUAAAAGAGAAUGUGAUUCAGGAGAAAUGAUUGUUCAACUAAAAAACACCACUGAAUGGCAUUUCAAAUUAAAACACUGAAGAAUUUUAGAAUAUUAAUUAUGGAAAAGAUCAUCCAUAGGCCAAAAAGCAUAAAUAGAAUUUGUAAAUUCAUUUUAAGAUUAUGCUCGAGUACGUUCUGAAAUAUUAUGAAUCUCGGUAUGUUAGGAGUCUGGUCAGCAUGUCACAUUGUUCCUGGAGCACCUUCCUCAUGGAGGUGAGAGAAAAGUUGUAUCUGUGGUUGGAUAUGAAGUUCAGGAUUGUAAAGGAUUACUUGUGAGUUGUAUUUAAAACAUUUAUAUAGGAAUUAUGUCCUGGAGUUCCCAAAGAUGUGAUUUAUAAAAUAAUUGUUUCUUGGUUUGUGAUAUUUGAAAUAAAUGUAUGUCGAUGUAAAUUA